AUGUCCAGCUCAGGACAAGAGCUAAGGCCAUUGUUUGUCACAUUUCAGAAAAGCACAGGACGAGAGCCCUCGCUGCCCCUGGCUUCCAGCUCAGCUUCCUUUUCCCAAGGUGCCAGCACCCAGGCCUGUGAAGACAUGUGGCCCAGGCACACACAAACCCAGCCCGAGCAGCCUGGCACCCACCAUGUCCCCAUCCAUACCAGUAGGUCUUCCAACUUGCCGGAGACAAGAUUCCAGGUUUGUGUGUUAGUCACAGGAGCCCAAGGCCUAGUGGAAAGUACCUAUUUGGGUACAUCAGAGAGAGCGGCCUGGAGUUACCAGUUCAGAUUCUUCAUGGGGUUUCUGUGGCAAGCACGCACAGUGGCUGAUCACUGGAUAGCCGGCACCUUUGUCUUCACUCCUCGCCAUUCUAAACUGAUGGCUUGUUUUGAAGAGGCAGACACCGUCACUCACUCUGACGAGUCCGUGAAGAGGAAACUCUUGUUCACGUGGAAAGCCCCUCCCCAGUCUAUGGGGGACAUUAGAUUCCUUCUCCCAGUGGUCGAGUCAUACUCUGCUUACUGGGCCAGGACUGAAUCGUCUGUUGUGUCUCAGCAUAGGGGAGACCCUUCUCCCAACCCCCACUGCGUGCAGCUGGGGUCACCAGCGACCACCUCGUGGCGGACGCCAGACGCUGCUGAAAGAACUGCGCCAGGAGCUGAAGAUGAGAGCAUCAUAGACGCUGCUCUUACUAGCAUUAGGGUGACGAAGCUACCUGGAGAUUCAGAUCUGUUUUCAUCAUCUUCACACACAUCUACUGUAAGCAGCAACGGUCUGCAACCCAGCAGAGAGAGCACCUCAACCCUGUAUCCAUCCUUGGAUGUCCAUAAGUUGGAGAGGCAUGUGACCCUCAGAAAAGGCAUCCUGGACAGCCUUGUUUCCAUCUCAAGCACCCACGAUAGGACUCAGGAUGACCUAAGCUUUGAUUCUUUGGAAACCUUCCUGCUCUUGGAUAAGGGUGAACAGGACAAAAUGACAGUCUCUAAUAGGACCAUGAUGGGCCCUGCUCUGCACACUGCCCAUAUUCCCAAGCCUCAGCGCUUCCUGUCUCCUGAAGCCUUCAGUGGGGAUGGAUCUGAGUCAGCCACUCCAGUCCCUGACUUCCAUAUCUCUAGUGAGUCCAGGAGCCAGUCAGGCUCCUCAAGGGCCUCUGGUAGCUCCUUGUAUGAGUCAAAGUGCAGGAAACACAGAGUGGAGGACGCAACUGCAGAGCAUGGUAUGGGAUUCCUUAGCAAGACUGACCUAAGGGCUGAAGUGAAGCCAGAGGAAGCCAGUGUCCCCUUGGAGACCCAGCUCAACAGUCCGCAGCUGGGAAUCUUGAUUUGCCUCUCGGCCACCCUGGGCGUGGCCCUGGCUGCUGGACUCUGCUAUCUGUGUACUCAGUACUGCUACAAGCGGACAGCAAGGGUCCUUCAGUGAACUACUGCAGAUGCUGUUGCCAGCAGUGACAAUGGGGAGGCUGUGCAUGUCAGGAGGGCAGGUGAUAACCAGAUCUCUUCCUGCAGGGGACAAGAACACCGUGCUCUGAAGAGAACCUUGGACAGGAUCUCAGUGGCUCCACGGUGCGUGUCAGUGAAAAUGGAGCUGAUAGGAAUUCCUGAUGAGGCCCAGGCCCCACUGCGCCUGCUGUCAGUGUGCGACGUUCUGUUUGAAGAGUUAAACUCGACACAAUGA